CGAAGAAGCGCAGGUUGUAUUGCAGGUAAGACGUCCAUAUAACUGCGCGUUAUAAUUUCUGGAGAUUAAAAAUAUUUGCGAGGAGACCACCCCGCCAAGAAAUGGUAAAGUGGAACAAGUCUAAGAAUGGAGGAACCCCGAAAAAUGCGGAGGUUGGGAAGAUUACGAAGGCCGCUAGGGGGAUUGCACGAAUAAAUCAUGGCGGAACACCGAACAGAAAACAAUUUAUGAAGUUUUAGGGACAGAGACGCGGAAAUACCAUAAUCCUCACCAGUGUUGACGAAACAUGGCUGUGGCCAGAGCGUCGUCGCUACUGCUCGCAUUUAAAACCAAGAUUGAAGAAUCUGUGGCAUUAGUUCCAGGUAUGGUGGCAGAGGAGAAAUUGAAAGCUGUUCAGUUCUGGAAUGUAGUGUCCGAAAGACUACAAGAAAUAGUCAAUGACAGUGCCGCAGACAUCAAUGCUCUGGCGCUCAAAAUGCAGAAGGAUGGCAUGGCCACGGCUUCUAUGGACGAUCAAGGCGAUCAAACAUCUGGGAUGGCUCCACAGUACAUGGAAUCUCACAGUUACGGAUCUGAGAACAUUUACGCUGAAACUUCUCAGCAGUACAGCGUUGGCGAAACUACUGCUGCUCCAAGCCAUGAACAGGAAUACUUGGAGCUGCCAGUUGAACUCGAAUCUGUCGCGCCGUCGCAGCCUGUGCCUGUGCAGGGAUCCUUUCACAGUGUGCCACUCGGGCCUCAGAGGUUGGACGGGAUGAGCGGCACGGAGCCCUCAGCAGACUCUGACGGUGCCCUCUUGAUGCCCAUGUGCAAUGCUCGUCCUCAGGAAUGCUUUGAGCUGCCCCAGCAAGACCAGAACCCCAGCAGCUUGAUACCCGGGAGUGGCAUCGGGCCAGAGAUUCUGCCUCCAUCCGUGAAGGUUACGGGAAAUGAGAAAUUGUUAAAAAAAGAAGCUGCUGAGGAUGUGAACUGGGAGCCUGAGACACAUGCGAUAGCUCCCAAACAGAAAGCCACGAGCAAAAAACCGACAAAGAAGACCGCGGCAAAAAAUAAUGCAAGAGCUGCAGACGACAAGGCCGACGAAACAGGCAAAAAAUGGGACCAGAGCACAGAUGUGUCCUUGCUGAGUUGCACUACUGAGUCAGAGAAAGGCAUGGUGAGUCUCAUAAAAAAAGUGCCAGACGUUCAAGGAUCAGCAGAUGGCAAGAGUCAGGGUGCGGAUACCACAGAGGUGAUAGUCAUACAGACGAAGAAGAAGCCAAAAAAGUGGAAGGAAAUGAAGGAGUGCGAAAUAUGUCUCAAGAAAGUUCCCACUGCCGCUGCCCUUACAACUCACAUGUGGACACACCGAAAACCCUUUAGCUGCACAGAAUGUGAUGCCCGUUUCUCUACAAAAAGUAAUCUUGUUGUUCACCAGCGAAGGCACUCUGGAGAAAAGCCAUACAUGUGCUACGAGUGCAAUGCCUCGUUUUCGACCAGAGGGAACCUGAAGCGCCACAUCAAGACCCACAGCGGUGUGAAGCCCUGGGAGUGCACCCACUGCGGCGGGCGCUUCACUGAGAAGAAGACGCUCAAGGUCCAUAUGCGCAGGCACACGGGCGAGAAGCCUUACCAGUGCCAGAUCUGCCAGCGGCGCUUUGCCCAGAAUGGCAUUUUGCAGACCCACAUGGCGAUGCACCUGGGGCAGAAGUCUCACCUGUGCGAGCACUGCGGCAAGGCUUUCAGGCAACGCUCGCAGCUGCGCUUGCACACGUUCAGGCAUCAAGGGGUGCGCAAGUAUGACUGCGCCACAUGCCCUUCUAAGUUUCUUACCAAGGGUGAUUUGGAGCGGCACAACCGGAUGCACACGGGAGAACGCCCUUUUGCCUGCGAUCUGUGUGGCAAGAGCUUUACCAGGCAGCAGUCACUCAAUGAGCACACCAAUCGGCAUUACGGGAUCAAACCCUACGAGUGCAAGCGUUGUGGAAAGACCUUCGCAGAAAUGUCCGCCUGCUACAAGCAUAUCAAGGCUCAUUCCAAGUCUGGAGGCAGCACUGGCCCAGAGGACAUUCAUGAUGGAAUGAAAGUGAACACUCAUGCCCUUCCCGAGCUGGCAGGGAAGACACUAGAAAUUGUGCAGGGCAUCGACGACAAGCUGACCAUUCUCGUAAACUCUGGAGAGGAAGCAUCCUUGGAAGUGUCAGACCCGGACCGACAGGAGAGCUCCUCGUGCGAGAUGAAUGCCGAAGAGACGACCAUGGACACGGCAGGCUCGGACAGUAUGUCGGAACUGACGGCCAUCCAGCUCCUAGCCAGUGCCUCAAGCUACUAGGCCCCAACUUACGACACUAGUGUGUCUCUAAUUAAUGUACCGUAUCUUGUCUCGCGUUGUACAAGGUGUCACAUUCCAAAGAAUGCAGUGUUAAGCAAGCCACAAAGUGUGCGUAUGUUGUGGAGUGAGAAGCAAUUUCAGCUGCAAGUGUAUGUUGCUAGUUGCAAGGACAUACCCAAAUAUAAGAGGCAGUUUUAAAGGAAGCAAAAAGCGGAUCGGGGAAAACAGCUUUUUGCCGAUAGGGUGCUGAUCUAUAGAGUGUUGUCAGAUCUCUUUAUGGUGCAUGUUGUAGCAUAUAAAUAAGCUCGUAAUCAUUCAAGGUGAUAAUGAAUUUAACCUAUCCCGGCAGUCUUAGCAGUGACGACCAAGGCACUUGAAGUGCUGUAACAAUGAUUUCCACGAUCCUGUUAGGGUCAGUGCUCUAUUGGCAAAAACCAGGAUUACCUUUAUGCACAUCCCUGUCUAAACUGUUAUCUUAAAGUUAGGUAUCACUCCGGAUGAGUAAAAUAUGCUCUUGAGUUAAAAUUGCUGUUUGCUCCAUUAUUUGAGCAAUUGAUGCAACUCUAUGAAACCCCGUGGUCCUCGCAAUGUGAAACCCAGUAGAGCUAGCAAGGACCGCUGCAACAUCUGACAUGCGGCACUCAACUAGUCAGGUCGUAAUGUCAAAGAGAUCACUCAUCCUAGAAGCCUUAUGGUAAUUGUACAGGUACUAAAUGUUCCUUCUCCUUAAAGGGCAAUUCCGGUCGAAAACAAAACCAAAAUAAAUGACUGAUAUCGCUUUAGUGGCACGAAAUAUGAUCACAGCCGAAAUGUUACGUCAAGGCGAAGCCAGGUACUCCACUAAAACCGAUUUUAAAGAUGCGACCAGCUGGCUCUUUAGCAGGUCGAAAACGGGUUAGCAUUUUAUCAAGAAACACCGGGCGAUGCGUACCGCAGCACCCCUGUGACGUCACGUUGUGGUGGAGCUGCGGUUGAUUCCGCAUGUUGUACCACAUACCACAGCACCACGGCAACAUUGCGUCGCAAUCGUACGACUGAUGAUCAGUGUUGCCAUCCCGCUAGCAAAUAGUUUCGGUUUUGCUGUAGACGCCCGAAACCAAAGUUUGAGCUGUGAUGUUUAUAAAACUCAAUGCAAUAUCGAGAAAAAAGAAUUCUACCUUGUAAUUCAGGAACACUGCCUGAGCUGAAAACAGUUGUAAUCCCAAAUUCGAAAAUAAUGACUGGAGAUGCCUUUUAAUAGUGCUCUCAAGCAAAAAAAAAAAGAAAAUUGUCACGCUGUCUGAUUAGGUAGUUCUGCUGAUCUGUUCAUAAAAAGGUUUAUGCAUAUCAACCAUGUUAAUACCAGCUGAGCCAAAGUGGUUGCAUUGUAAAUGCCGGAUUGCAAUUGUAGUUAGGAGACCUACUCACUUAGUUAUCGUGCCUUAAAGGCCAGCCUGCAGAACCAUUUUCUGCCUUGCGGUGAACCCUUUCCCAGUAUUCUCUCUAUUCCUUCUCACAAUCUUCUUUGCCCAAAAGACGCAGGUCUGGGGGCUAACCCCACUGAAAGAGAAAGAGUUCCCUCCUUUCUGGAAGUGUUUCAGGCUGCGUGUCGGUCUUUAAAGGGACGCUGAACCAAAAUAUGAUUUCACAAAAUGAGGCCGCAGAAGUGUUGAACGAGACACUACGAAUAUCUCCAAAUGGAUGGCUGUAAUUUUUUAAAAGAAGGGUGCAAUCAAGCGAGGAAUGUGAUGCCACAAUUUUUUUCAAACAGUCGAGAAUGAGGGGAAGCAGCCUCACUUUUCUCCUCCUCGCUUCGGUUCUCCUGCUCGAGUGUGCAAAGCGGUGAGUGGCAGAGAGUGAGAAUCGUGGCGUCACAUGUCUCGUCAGCCGUGCUCUAUCGCGCACUUUUCCAAAUAUAUGGCCAUCCGUUAGCGGUAUCACUGUAUAGUAAGUGAUGUUUUCGGGUUUUGCAGCGUCCCACCUAUCGCUCCAGCCUUGUUUUGUGAGCUCCAAAUUUCGGUUCAGUAUCCCUUUAAGGCGCAAUGCUCUGUAUGCUCGGAUGCAAACUCCAUCUGCAAAUGUGUCACUUGGGGCUGUCAGAUUUAAUGACUUUAUUGGUGAACCCUCGUCUUUUUUUUAAUGAGUGGGAGAGAAUGGGGGGGGGGGGGGGGGGGUAUAAUAGUAGUUUUACUUACAAAUGUGCAUGUAAUGAAUUAAUUUUGACCCGAGCUCUGUGGUGGCACCUUGGUAAAAGCAGCAAGUAGCAGCUUGCAGCUUUGUUACCAUGAAUCCUAAACGACCUUCUACUUCAUCUGAACAGUUCUGCAUAGCGUUGUGGCACUCGUGAGCAUGUGACGUUGAAGAGCAUGUUUUAGUGCGAGUGAUCAUGCAAACAAGGCAUUUCGUAGGGCUGCAGUCUGGUUCCCUGGUGCCUGUGUCUUUGAGAAUGCUGCACAUAAUUUGUGACAGGAGUACAGACUGAGCUGUACGUGAUAAUCAUAUUUUAUAGCAGCAGUUGUCCAAGGAGCAGCUGUUAAAAUGGGAUGUAUUUUUUAAUCUUUCGUACACCUUCCAAGACUACUUUUUGAAUUGACGAUUCAGCUGGCUUUAGGGGGUUAUGUGACAAUCUUUAUAAUACCAAUAGUGUAUGGUGACUCUCGAGGCUGCUGGUUUAGUGUCAGGUCUUAGUUUAGUCGAGAGUUACAACAAACCAGAGCAAUCUACAGCUGCCUUUUUAUACCAGUCCUCAUAAAAUGCCUAAGGUAGAAUUUUAUGCAUGCAGCCAUGCUUAGUAUUGGACAGAUUAUGCAAUGUUGUGAUAAAUCAGGCUAAAGCAGACCUUUUGUUAUGGGUAACCUGCUCAUAAUUUUAUGGUAACAUUGGCUGUAGACUUUACUGUAGAUUGGACACUAUAUGUAUUAAAUAUUCCAACCUUUUGCAUUUGCUGCCCACCACUUAGCAUUUUAUAGGCACAUCACCAUUAAGAGAUGCUAGUAUAUCAGCUAUGUGUUUCAUUAAAAAUUUAAGAUUUUUUUUUUUUUUUUAUGUGAGCCAUAUAAUUUAAAUUUUGUGUCAUUAAAUUUUGGAUUGAAAAAGAAAUAGCUUUUUUUUUAAACUUUCUUUAGCCAUCUUUUUUUGUAUAUAUUGAAAAAGAUUGGUCACUUACAGCUAAAAGGAAAAAUUAAAAUAGUUUUACCAGCAAACACUGAAUUGCAAGCUACCAGCAUUCUGUAAACAAAGUUUGAAGUUGCAAGUUUGACUCCUUUGCACCUCUUAGAAAAUGUGAUUCUUUGGAUUUUUUUUCUAUUAAGAUUUAUAUCAUAUGGGGCUGGAGCUUUCAUCAUUGUAGCAUACACAGUCUCUUGGGUAAUGGUGCCAUGCCCUUGUUGCACUGGAGGAAAGUUGAAUGACUGAGCACUUGUUCUCUUAAAUUGUGUUUGGGGACGUUGCUGAUCAUUUUCCGUUCCUUCAUUUGGAGGCCCGAAAGGAGGGCCCACGUGCUUUCGGAGAUUGUUCCCAAUGCCCUACUGGUUUACACUGUCGUGGCACAUUCUCGGUUCUUCAUUGUUCCCAAUGCCUGAGUGCUUUACACUGUCCUGGCACAUAUCGGUUCUUCAUUGGCUAUCUGGUUGAGGAAUGCACACUUCAAAGGUUAUUGACAGGAUGAGAAUCGAAGGGAGAAGACUCAGCUGUCCCGUCUCUAGCAUAAGCUUUCUGCCCUUGAUGGCACUUCGGCGGAAGGCAGGGAGUGCGUGCUUGAGGCCAGGCAUUUGAACGACAUGCCCUGUCGUUCACAGCCUGUCAAUGACUAUAGUGCCAUUGAGCAGUGGCAUAGCCAGGGGGGAGGCUUAUGCCCCCCCCCCCCCCCCUUUCACAUCCUAAGCCAUGAACAUCCCUGCCACCUCAGCCCCUCCGCCCCCACCCCCCCCCCCCCUCCUUCCCCGAAGAAAAUCCUGAAUACACCACUGCCAUUGAGAGAUUGCUUUAUUGGGUAACUCGGUCUAUAGCCUUCACUGAAUUCACUCUUCUUGUGUAGUGUUUGACCGUUUGUCAUAGCAAAACAUUGCGCGGAUGUAGUAAAUAAAAAUCGGAAGAAGUGGUGAUGCUUGAAAGAUGCCACCGGAAUUUUUAUAUACAGGGUGUCUCCCCCCCCCCCCCCC